CGCGCAUGAACACCCAGCCUCACCUUGGUCUGUAUACUGUAACCUACUCCGUCUGGUUCCUUGGUCUCCUCAGCCAUGGCGACACCAGAUAGACAAGAGCUCAUACGCAACGCGGUCUCGUUCCUCGUCGAUCCAAAGGCUCAGGCCGCUCCCCUCGCUCAACGCGUCCAGUUUCUAGAAGCCAAAGGGUUGACUGGACCCGAGAUAGAGGAAGCUAUGAGGCAGGCUGCAGCAAACCAUACAGCACCACAAGCGUAUGGCCCAAGUGCGUAUAGUCCCACCUACGGACCUAUGCCCUAUAAUGCCAUUCAACCGCUACCACCUCAAUGGGACUGGAGAGAUUACUUUAUCACGGCUGUUGUAUCUGGUACAAUUGCAUACGGUGCAGCGGCGCUAUUCCGAAAAUACGUCUCCCCACAUCUCAAACCUCCUUCAGCAACCGCAUAUGAACAGGACAAGGACGCAAUGACUGCGCAGUUCGACGCCGCAGAGGCCCUGCUGAAGGAGAUUCAGGCCGAAACGACCGCCGUCCGUGCUGCUGUGGAGGAGCAGAACGAGAAAGUUGCCAAGGUCACAAAAGAAGUGGACAGCGUGGUUAAAGACAUGCGAGACGGCGAGGCUAGGACAAGAGACGAGAUGCGCGAAAUCCGUGAAGAAGUGAACAAUGUGCGCGAAAUGCUGCCUAAGAUGAUUGAAAAGAACAAGGAGAGCCACAAUCAAUCCCUCGCGGAGCUGCAGCAAGAGCUCAAGUCUCUGAAGGCACUUCUCCUCAGUCGGGGACCAGGGAUAUCCACAGGUCCAUCAACACCCAUCCUUCCCGGAAAACCCUCUAUACCUGCAUGGCAACUAGCUGGUGGCCUGGCGAGCCAGGUCUCAACACCGUCUACCCCACCGCCAUCUGUGAUAUCACCCAACUCGCCACUGCAGUCGCCGACCACCGAGAAUCCGCUUGCCGGGUCGGUUACGGCCCGUACCACUUCGUCGUCACCUCCUCCAAUAUCGUCAAACGCGCCUGCUGUCUCGAAGGAUGGAGAAGAGGCAACCCCUGCGAAGGAAGAUAGUCCGCCGCCUGUCGAAGCGAGCGCACUGGCUCCGUCAGUAGAGCCACCAUCGUCCGUCGCGGAGUCCGCGCCGGGUUCACAGGAUGAUACUAUCGUAGCUGAGGUUGUCUCGGCGCCGCAAGCGCAAGAGAACGGUGUAGAGGUUGAUGAAGCUAUUUCUGCAAGUGCUGUUACGCAGGAGAGCUCGACUCCCGCCCAACCUGUGUCGGAGAACUCGCCAUUUCCACCCGCGGAGGAGUCCGAGGCUUCCGAUAUCGGUAGUCCGCUUGGUGUCCCUUCUGAUGCUCAAGAUGCUCCUGUGGAGGUCUCCGCCGAGGCAGGCCCUGCUGUUGAUCUUCUUGCGGACGAACCACUUGCGGAAGACCCUCUCAGCACGGCCAACGGCAAUGCAGCUGCCGAAGCUCCUGCGAAUGUAGUCAACGGCGGCAAGCCUCUGGAGCCUGCUAUCUCUGUCGAAGAAGUCUUGGAGAUUCGUUCGGAGACGCCCCGGCCUGCUACUCCCAACGGCAAGAUUUCGGACGGUGUCGAUGUCGAGGCACUCCAGAAGAGGUUGAAGCUCGUAGAACAACGAUUCACAGAUGUCUCGACGUCAUUCAAGCGUCUCCAAGCUGAGAAGCUCGCUGCUGACCGAGUCUUGCGCGAGUUGACUUCUGUCGAGAGUGUGACAGAGGUCGACGCACUACGGGACUUCCUCCAGAACAUGAGCUUCAAGACAGAGAUGGCGCAGGACGAGAUCCGACGCCUGACAGGCAAGCUUACGCGCCAGGACGAACGCAUUGAGGAGCUUCGUGAUAUCCACCGUCUAGAAUCCGAGUCUCAAAUCGACCAGAUCGAUCAGCUCAAAGCCCAGGUCGAAGAAGCUGAGAAGCUGCUCAAGGCCUCUCAAAGCUCCACCGCCCAGGCUGAGCAGGAGUCUGCGAAGCGGAAAGCGGAGAUCGACAAGCUGCAGAGCGAGCUGAAUAAGGCGAAGAACGACGCGAAGGAGGAAGAGGAGAAGAGGACGAAAGCUAUUGCUUUGCUGAAGACGGUCAGGCAGAAACUGGUGAAGGCGGAAAAGGAGCGAGACGAUGCUGUGAAGGAAGUCAACACGUUGAAGGAGACGGAAAAGGGUGAGCGGGAGAAGGAGAAGGCGGAGAGGGCGAAGCUGCAGGCAGAGAUCCAGAAAGUGAACGAGGAGCGGGAGAUGGCGGUACAAGGAUUGAGAGCGCAGUUCGACAGGGAGGUGACUGCGUUGAAGGAGAAACACGAGAAGGAGCUUGCCACCCUACGAGGGCAGUACGAACUGGAGGCUAUCACCGCAAAGACAACCCAUGUCAGGGAGAUCGAAAACAAGAAAUCGCGUAUCGCCGACCUUGAGAGCACAGUCAGAGCAUUGUCCAGGGAGAAGGAUGAACUUUUCGACCAGGUGCAACUGCGUCAAGCGGAGCUGGAGUCGUCGCAAUCUCUUCUCGAGUCCCUACAAGGCCAGAACACCGAGUUGCAAUUCCAGCUUCGCGAGGCAAACGAUCGAGUCGCGUUGCUCCAGGAGGAGUUUUCUGACAUCCGCCACGAACAAGACAUGAAGGUGGCAUCAUCUGGCCCUUCUGCCGAAGAAAUCACUCGCCUACUCGCUGCUGCUGAGUCUAAGUAUGAGACAAAGCUGAGCGACCUACGCAAGAGAUUGGCCGAGGCUGAGCGCGAGCGAGACGAGGGCGAGGCACGCUGGAGCAAGACCUUGACUGAGCGCGCCCGUGAGGUGGAACUGCUCAAAGCUCAGAUCAGUUCGUCACAGCAGAGCAAGGACGAGGAGAACCAGGGCGUGCAGGCCUUGGAGAAAGAGAUCGAGUCGUUGAAGAGCGAGAUCAGGUCGUACCAGAUGCAGAUCACCGAUUUGCAUUCGCAGCUGCAGAAGGCUGCGGAGGUUGAGGCUACGGCUAAGGACCAACUCGCAGAGCUCAGUGCGAAGACUGCCAAUUUGCAGCAAUUCGCCGACGAGAGCAAGAACCGAGAAGCACAGCUCCGCAGCCAGAACAAGACUCUACGCGAGGAACUUCGCAAAGUGCAAUCGUCUGUGGCAUUGCUCGAGAAGCAGCGAGGGCCAGGUGUGGGAUACUGGGCCUCUCGUAAUGAGAGCACGUCCGAGCUGCGCUCGCCAACAUCAUCAGUAUCUGAGUUGCCUUCGCGAGAGACGCCGGAGAGAGCCGGCACGCCGUCCGCCCAAUCGUCGGAUGAGGAAGUCAACUUCGAGUACCUCCGGAACGUCAUCCUACAAUUCCUGGAACACAAGGAGAUGCGGCCUCAUCUUGUGCGAAUCCUCUCUACCAUCCUCCGGUUCACGCCUCAAGAAACCCGGAGGCUUAUCGCAAAAGUAUGAUCGUAGUAGACAGUGAAUACCUUACGUGUCGCGAACCUAGUAACAUAACAGCAUCGGACUUUGCAUACCUUGCGAUGGAUACCAGGAGCUGGCCCUCUUCAUCACUAUUGUCAUGUGCUUAUUUGUACACAUUCGUUCCCAAUG